CUAACAAAAGUCAAUUAAAGCAGCAGAGCGGAGAUAGAAAAAAUGGCUAUAAAAGGAGCAGGCGGCGGUGGCGGCGGCGGAAGCCCAGCUUGUGCCGCCUGCAAGCACCAGAGAAGAAAAUGCCAACCCGAUUGCAUGCUGGCGCCGUACUUCCCGGCGACCGACCCCAGGACGUUCAUAAACGCCCGCCGCCUCUUCGGCAUUAGAAACAUCGUGAAAACCCUCCGGCAGAUCGACGACGAGGACAAGAAGGACGACGCCAUGAAAGCCCUGAUCUUCGAGGCCGACAUGCGCCAGAAGUUCCCCGUCCACGGAUGCGUCCAGUACAUCGCCCACCUCAGCCGCCGCCUCCAAGAGGCGGAGGACGAGCUCGCCCGUGUGCGGGCCCAGCUGGCGUCCUUCCGCCGCCGCCAGCGGAUGCUGGCGGCGCAACACGGCGGCGGCUUUGUCGGCGAUGGUGAUGACGAUGACACUACUUCUUAUUAUGACAUCUGCGGCGGUCGGGAUGGCCAGGCGAUGAUAAUGGCAGGUCAGUUUGAACCCGAAGAAGCGUACGUGGACGAUUCUUCUAGGUAUAUUCCACUAGGUUUUCAUGAACCUUCUAUCCUGAUUAAUUCGUUAUAAUUUUUUCAUUUGACUUUUUUACGAUUUUUAAUACUCCUCUCGUUCCAAAUAACUUUUUCCUUUCCUUUUUCAUUCGUCCUAAAAAAUACUUCUCUUUUCC